UGUUUUGACGUCACACGGUCGCGCGCUGUGUCCACCUUGUUGAUAGAAGUUGCAAAUGGACCUCUGACAUAAAACUGCUUUUUUCUGAGUCUCUGGGGACUUGAUACGAAAAAAGACAGCAAAAUGUGGAUACUGACAGCCCUGCAGAGCGAAGGUGAGACCCACUAUCUUCUCUCCGGUAAAGAAUAUGUGGUGGGACGCAAGAACUGUGACAUCCUCCUUCCCAGCGAUCAGUCCAUCAGCAGAGCUCAUGCUCACCUCUCUGCUACAGACCAGACCCUUAAUCUGAGAGAUACCUCCAAAUAUGGCACAUUUGUCAACAGCCAGCGUUUGGCUGAGAACUCAUCAGUGAACCUGACGUCAGGAGACGAAGUUACGUUUGGGGUUUUUCACAGUAAAUUCAGUGUGGAACAUUUACAGCCGGUGGUUUGUUCAUCCUGUUUGGACAAUGAUGGCAAGGCGUCAAUCUCUCAGGUGCUGUUGGCUUUGAGUGGAAAACUGGUCAACAGCUGGACCCAAGACUGCACCCACCUGGUCAUGCCCACUGCUAAAGUCACCAUCAAGACUAUAUCUGCUCUGUUGUGCUGCCGUCCCAUCGUGAAGCCCGAGUUCUUCUCAGAGCUCAACAGAGCCGCACAGCAGAAAUUACCCCCUCCGAAAGCUGAGAGUUUCCUCCCAGAGUUAGAUGAGCCCAGCUUAAACAAAGAGGAUGUCAACCUCAGAGCUAUUCCAUUUCGCAAACAGCUUUUCUCUGGAAAAACGUUCAUAUUCCUCAGUGCCAAACAGAGGAAGCGUCUGAAUGCAGCAGUGGGUUUUGGAGGGGGCAAAAGUCAGCUGUUGGAGGAGGGCCUUCUGCCCCAUGACCUGCUGCAGUCUCCUCAGAGCUGUGUGGUUGAUGUUACAACAGGCAGCUCCCAAACUCUGCUCUCUUCCUCAGCGAUUGAGUGGGCAAACUCAGUGAAGAAAAUUGUUGAAAGAAAUGGACUCAGAGUAAUAACAGAGUCUGAAAUUGGUUUGGCUGCCAUCUAUGCUUCCUGUGACAGGUACUGCAAUCCAUCCAGUGUAAUACUGGACUCAGAGUCAGCACCAAAAAUUGCACCCAAGAUUCCAAGCGCUUCGCUGUCGCAGAGUGGGGCGGUGGACGAAACCGUGUUACCUGCAGCAUCUCAGAACAUCACAGCUUAUGUAGCUAACACAGAGACAUCCCAAAGGAUGGAGCUGUAUGGAGUCACAGGGGUGACAGCAGUGGGGGAGACUCCUGAGAAGAAGCAAAGCAGUCAGAUCCAAGGACCCAAACCUGCAGCCCAGAAGAAGACUUCUCAUUAUGUUGUGGAGGACACAAUUUGCUCUGGGUCCAACACUUUGGAGAAAAAACACUCGGAGAGGAAGAGGCCUGAGUCCAAACCAACAGGUGCAGGCAAUAGUGACAUGUGGUCCCAGCCAUCCUUUCAAAGGACCAACGGUGGCACCAAGACUUUCCAACAGAAACAAUCUCCACAGAAACAGAGAGUCUCUCCACAAGUUUCCCCACAGAAACAGUCGACCCUGACCAACUUUUUUACACCAGUCAACAAGAAAAGGCCUUUGGAGGACGAGCUCUCUACUGUUAUGUCAGAGCCCAAACGACCCUUACUGGAAUCAUCCACCAGCCUCCAAAAACCUCACUCCUCUAAAGAAACGUACUCUGGGUCAGAGAGAGUCCCACCAGCAGCAUCUCAGGAGUCAGCAGCCGAUCUUUUUCUAGGACUGCCACAGGCAGAGUCAGGCAUGGUCUCCCACUCUAUCCAGGAGGAGCGGGGGAGCAGAAAGAGGAAGGAGAUGGAAGCAGCGAUACCAAUGGAUGAACUGGAGUCUAUCAUGUCUGAGGACAUGGACUGUUUUGAUGAGCAACCUUCAGUUAACAAAGGCCACCAAGCACAGAGUGUUACGCUCAGCUCAACGAAACAGAAACAAGAGUUUUAUAGUGUGGAGGCUUCCUCAUCGAGCAAGAGGCAGCGGAUCCAUGUAGAGGGAAGUGAAACAGACACAAGGCCUCAGAGAGGUCUGGAAAAAGAGUCAGGCUCUCAAAUAAAACACAGCAAAACAAUCCAAAUCAAGACAGAGCAGGUAAAUCCUUCAGAAUACAGGACAUCUUUUCAUGAGUCCAUCAAACCUCCAGAGGUGCCUCAGACGAGAACUGCCUCUACAAGUAAAGAUGUGCAGCCAUUUGAAGAUGACGAGGCAUUUGCCAAGGAUAUAGAACAGCUCACAGAAGAUGUCUGCCAGCCUAAACAAGAGAUUAAGACGCCUUUGAAACCCUCAACGAUCAAACAGGAGGUCCAUGAGGAGGCAAAGAUUGAUGAAGACCUUCCUAAGAAGCUGGUGUUGGUAGAGUUUAGAUCCCUCACUGUGACUGAACCUCCUAAAACUAAACCACAGAGGGUGCGGGACAACGGCUUCACAAAGAACUUCAAAUGUUUCCGCAAGAUGUGCGUGCCAGGUGCACAGGGCUCCCCCCACGUCAUCCGAGGGUCUGAUCUGCUGGCCCACAACAAAGGAAAGAACUCUGAUCUGGAUGAAUGGCUCAAAGAUGCAGCUGAGGAGGAGCGUCAGAACAAACAGGACGAGACUGCAGGAGAUGACCUCUUCAGGUACAACCCAAGCAAACUAGCAAAGAGACGAUGAAAUGCCUCCAUGUUGAUGUCCUGCAGAGGGAAGUCAUUGCAGAAGUCCAGGAGUAUAUCAGACUCCAUCAACACCCUUUAAAAAGAGACUUCAGAAAUAUAUUUCAUCUCUAAUGUUGAAAGAGAUAACUCUGUUGUUUUUCAGUGUUAUGUGAUUUUUGUUCGACUUCUUCACUUUCUCUCUGCAUCCGCUCCACAUGAAGUCACUGACAGCAGGAAAUGUAACAAAACAGUCUCACGUUCAGAGAUUUUCCCAAUGUUUUUAUUUGUCAAUAAUAAAAAAUGCGGCAUACAAAACAUUAAAAACUCCUCAAUUGUACAAGAGAGCUUUAAAACUCCACAUGCUGAAAGCAGCUUUUCCUUCAUUUUGAAGUUAAGACCGAAUGUGUUCCCUGGUUUUGGCUGAAUUAUAAACUAAAAGUAGGGGGUCAAGUUGCCCCUUUCCUAAAUAAUAACCAUCAGCCAUCACUACAGGCACUUUUACAGAUCUGAAGUUGCUCAGAAAAGUAGUCUUCAUGCCAGAGUAUCUCUGAUCAAGGCGCGUGCCAUCUAUGAGCUUAGAGCUUAACUCAGCAUUCAGCGUACAUUUUGCAGUCAUGGAAGAGAGGAGAGAAGCUGCUCAGUUUUCAAAGGAACAAUUAGUCACAUUUCUUUUCUGCAUUAUGGAUGGGUUUAUUUAGCUUAUUAUGUUGCGUUAAAAGCACGUUGUCUACUUUUACUUGCCUGAUUUCAAAUAUCCAUACAUAUUUUUAACAAAAGUAAACAAAGAGUGUCCAUUCUUAUGCAAAAGAACAUGGAUGGACACACUAUCAAUCUGUCUGUGCUUUAUUAAGCAAGCAGAUUGCUCCUGGAUUUAGACACUUGUGUCAGACUUAAAUACAACAGGAUCUUAUUUCCAUUAUCUUUGAAUAAAAAAAGUAAUUAUAACUCUACAUUUGAGUCACCUUGUCUCCUCUGCAGUUUAUUUUUCAUGUUUUUCUUUAAAAGCACUUCUCUUUCCUCUGCUCAAAGCAGCUGCUGCUAGGCAAUGGUUCAUGCCUGCAUGCAUAUAUUAUUUUUAUCAAAACAAACAAAAAGUACUAAGGAAUAGUUCAGCUGAAAGUCAAUAUUUGACACAAUUAAAAACAUUUCCACUAGUUAUCUGUUAUAUAAUCAACAAAAUGUAUACAGCAGUGUGUUAAACUACUAUGUUAGUAAAAAAAAAAAAAA